AGCAUCAUGGAUGACGCAUCGAUCUUUUAUAUAUUCCACACCCCACACUAACCACCUCAACCUAUGAUCGAUCUAUCCAUCCCUGGUAAAGAAUCCGAGAGAACUUUCAGGCACACCCACGGGAGAAAGAGAAUGGCCAACAGGGGAGGAGACGAGGUGAAGCUGCUGGGCAUGUGGGCGAGCCCGUUCGUGGUCAGGGCACAGCUCGCGCUCCGCCUCAAGGGCGUGAACUACGAGUACGUCGAGGAGGAGCUCGCCAACAAGAGCGACCUCUUCCUCCGCUCCAACCCGGUACACAAGACGGUUCCCGUGCUCAUCCACGACGGCAAGCCCAUCUGCGAGUCCCAGGUCAUCCUGCAGUACAUCGACGAGGCCUUCGCCGGCGUCGGCCCGUCCCUCCUCCCCGCCGACCCCUACGAGCGCGCCGUCGCGCGCUUCUGGGCCGCCUACGUCGAAGACAAGCUGCUGCCGCCGUGGAGGAAGGUGUUCAGGGUGACGACCGACGAGGAGAGGGCGGAGUGGACGAGGCAGACGGUGGCGGCGGUGGACACGCUGGAGGAAGGCCUGAGGCAGUGCUCCGAGGGGAAGGGGUUCUUCGGCGGCGACUGCGUCGGGUACGUCGACGUCCUGCUCGGCAGUAUGGUGCCGUGGGUGCGCGCCACCGAGAAGCUCUCUGGUGACAGGUUGUUCGACGCCGGCAAGGCCCCGCUGCUGGCGGCAUGGAUGGAGCGUUUUAGCGAGCUCGACGCCGCCAAGGCGGUCUUCCAGGACGUCGACAGGGUGGUCGAGUACGCCGGGGCAAUACAGGCCCGGCUUUCCGCCGCGGCUGCACCUGCAAGCACCCAAUAAAGCGCGGCAUGGCGCGACAUGGUGGGUGGCUGAUAUGAGUAGUCAAGUGUGGAAUUAAAAUGGCCGCGUUUCUGAGGAACGCAUCACACCACAUGCAAGCAUGUAAAUGUAAAAGCAGUUUAAAAACUCGUAUGGUCGUCGUGAGUCCGCGGCAGCUCCACUUAUUUUCCUAUGGACAUUUACAUUUGUGUCCUUGGUGUGUCACUGCCGCACUACUAGUGCGGUUGGUCUUUUGUUCUCGAGGUUGCUCAAAUUUGCCAUUGAAAGCUUAUGUUUUUACUCCCA